GGGAUUCAGCCAGCCGCGGCUGCCGCUGGAGCCGGUGUCCGGGCUGGUGAUGGGGUUAAUUCCCUUUCGUAAGACUCUGACUCGCACCCACCCAGCCCCGCCGUCGCCCCGCCGCGCCGCGCUCCAACCGCCUCCUCCUCCUCCUCAGUAACGCGGGCCACUGACAGGUAUGAUAUAUUUGAUCCAAGACAGUCCAUUUCAGUCCAGGAAUCUACAGUGGUGACAAGGACAUGGGACUCCUCCUGCCAGACUACAGAUGGUUCAAUACAAUUGACAUCCUGGCUGACAACUGUGAAAAGGAACCUUGGAUUAUUUUAUUUUAUUUUUGUGGAACACCACAAUCCCAAAUUUAUAUUACACAUCAGGCUUCAAGUUCCCAGUAGAAUUCUAAAAUAACCUUUGCUAAUGAGGAUGUCUGAUACUGUUACUGUAAAAGAUGAAACUGAAACAAUGAAGGAUUUGGAGGCAGAUAUGAAAGAUCCAACCAGAGUCGAAAAUCAUAUCAAAUCAGAAGCCUAUGGGAAGAUUUUGGCAGAGAAGAAUGAACGUUGUAUUGACAACAGUAUUGAUUUGCAGCGACCAUUGCAGUCAUUUGGACAGACAGGAAAAAGGUCUAAGUCAAGCUCAAAGUUAAAACUAGUUCGGAGCCUUGCAGUGUGUGAAGAAUCUCCACCACCACCUGCAGCAGAGAUAUCACAGGAAAACCAGGAGAAAAUUCAGAUCCAGUUAACACAAUCAUUUGAAAAAGAGGAAAAGCCCUCAAAAGAUGAAGCAGAGAAAGAAAAAGCCAGUGAUAAGUUGCCCAGAAAAAUGUUAUCAAGAGAUUCCAGCCAAGAGUACACUGAUUCAACUGGCAUAGAUCUACAUGAAUUUUUAGUAAACACAUUAAAAAACAAUCCCAGGGACAGAAUGACGCUGCUGAAAUUAGAACAAGAAAUUUUAGAUUUCAUUGGUAAUAAUGAGUCUCCACGUAAAAAAUUUCCCCCAAUGACAUCUUACCACAGGAUGCUAUUACACAGAGUAGCUGCUUACUUUGGAUUAGACCACAAUGUUGAUCAGAGUGGGAAGUCUGUCAUAGUUAACAAAACUAGCAAUACACGAAUACCUGAUCAAAAAUUUAAUGAGCAUAUUAAGGAUGAUAGAUGUGAAGAUUUUCAGAAACGAUAUAUCCUUAAGAGAGAUAACUCUAGCUUUGACAAAGAUGAUAAUCAGAUGAGAAUACGCUUAAAAGAUGACAGAAGAAGUAAAUCUAUAGAAGAAAGAGAAGAAGAAUAUCAGAGAGCAAGAGACCGAAUAUUUUCCCAAGAUUCCCUGUGUUCCCAAGAGAAUUAUAUUCUUGACAAAAGAAUCCCAGACGAGGAUGCUAGUACUACUCAACAGAGGCGCCAGAUAUUUAGAGUUAAUAAAGAUGCUUCAGGGAGAUCAACCAAUAGCCAUCAAAGCAGCACUGAUAAUGACUUGAAGUAUUCAGAACCACGACCUUGGAGCAGCACAGAUUCAGACAGCUCCCUUCGAAACUUGAAGCCUGCUGUAACCAAAGCCAGCAGCUUCAGUGGAAUCUCAGUCCUGACAAGAGGUGAUAGUUCUGGAAGCAGCAAAAGCAUAGGCAGGCUCUCAAAAGCAGGUUCUGAGUCUUCUUGUAGUGUAGGGUCAUCUACGGGCUCUCUUUCUCACAUCCAGCAGCCUCUUCCAGGUACAACUCUCAGCCAGUCUUCUCAUGGCGCACCUGUCGUCUAUCCAACUGUCAGCACUCAUAGUUCUCUUUCCUUUGAUGGUGGCCUAAAUGGGCAAGUCGCAUCUCCUAGCACUAGCUUCUUUUUGCUUCCCUUGGAAGCGGCAGGCAUACCACCUGGCAGUAUUCUGAUCAACCCACAAACAGGUCAGCCUUUCAUAAACCCAGAUGGGAGUCCAGUUGUGUAUAAUCCUCCAAUGACCCAGCAACCAGUUAGAACACAAGUGCCUGGACCUCCACAGCCACCUCUGCCACCCACACCUCAACAACCAGCAGCUAAUCACAUCUUCUCACAGCCUGCCCGUCCUCUGCAGUCUUCUUCACAGCCUGUUCAGUGCUCUACAGCCCCUUACCCAUCCCCGCUUCUGCCAGUUUCACCCACUCAGCAAUACUCCGUGGAUAACCUUGGGUCUCAGUUCAGCCACAUGAGUCUUGCCCGCCAGCCAUCUACUGAUGGUGCAGACCCUCAUGCCACCAUGUUCCAGUCCACUGUUGUUCUUCAGUCCCCACAGCAAUCUGGUUAUAUCAUGACAGCAGCCCCUCCGCCCCCACCACCACCUCCUCCUCCUCCACCCCCACUACCGCCUGGGCAGCCAGUCCCUACUGCUGGCUAUUCUUCUGCCGGACAUCCAGUCAGCCAGACUGUACUCCAGCAGCAGGGGUAUAUUCAGCAGCCCUCACCACAGAUGCCAGCCUGUUACUGUGCUCCAGGCCACUAUCACUCUGGUCAACCUCAGUAUCGUCCGGUCCCUUCUGUCCACUACAGUUCACAUCUAAACCAACCACUGCCACAGCCUGCACAACAGACAGGUUUUCAAGUUACACCCAACCAGCAGCAAAACUACCAAGGAAUAGUUGGAGUUCAGCAACCACAGAGUCAGAACCUACUCAGUGGCCAACCCAACAGCAUUGGAAAUCAGAUUCAAGGGGUGGUCAUCCCCUAUCCUUCAGUGCCAUCAUACCAGGUUUCACUGCCUCAAGGUUCUCAAGGAAUUGCCCCCCAGACUUAUCAACAGCCUGUUCUGUUCCCUAGUCAGUCCAGUCAAGGAUCUAUACCUACACCAGGAAUGCCAGUUUACUACAGCGUGAUUUCCCCUGGCCAGCAAAAUAGUUUAAGCUCUUCAGUAAGUUACUUGCAGCAUCCUGGAACAGAACAAGUACAGUUUACGCGAACUACUUCACCAUGCAAUUCCCAGCAGCUUCAAGGCCAUCAAUGUGCAGGUGUGCCACCACCGCCACCUAGUGGAGGAAUGGUAAUGAUGCAGCUCAAUGUACCAAAUAACCCACAGUCUCGUGCCCACUCACCCCCUCAGUGGAAGCAGAACAAAUAUUACUGUGAUCACCAGAGAGGACAGAAAUGUGUGGAAUUUAGCAAUGUAGACAAUAUUAUUCAGCACAGCCCUCAGCUCAGUAGUCCUAUAAUUUCACCAGCUCAGUCACCGGCACCUGCCCAGCUGUCUACCCUGAAAGCUGUACGUCCCUCUGGACCACCACUUUCCAUCGUGCCCCAGUUUUCUAGGCCUUUUGUACCUGGACAAGGCAGAGCAAUAGAAAGAAAGAAGGAGAGACAGAAGGAGAAAGAGGUCUUCCAUCUGCUGAUUCACUCCCCAAAUGGAGAUGCCAGGUAUCCAUUACUUGGCCAACCACUGCAGUACACUCCUCCUGCGGUUCUGCACGGACACAUUCCAAAUCAACAGGGUCAGUCUGGUGGUAGACAUGGAAACCGAGGAAGGAGACAAGCAAAGAAAGCUGCAUCCACAGACCUUGGUGCAGGAGAAGCAGUUGUUGGGAAGGUCUUGGAAAUCACUGAACUACCAGAUGGAAUAACUCGCAUGGAAGCCGAGAAGCUUUUUGGGGAACUCUUUAAAAUUGGCGCCAAAAUCCGGUGGCUCCGGGACCCCCAGUCGCAGCCCCAGCUGCGUCGUCACCCUCUCUGCUGUGGCAGUGGGGACAACACUGUCAACCCUGAACGCUCUAAGCCCAGUGACUUGGCCUCCACGUAUACUGUCUUAGCCACAUUCCCCUCCAUUUCAGCUGCACAGAAUGCACUGAAGAAACAGAUUAACUCAGUUAACAAGUUUAAGCUGAGAACAAGCAAGAAACACUAUGACUUUCACAUUUUGGAAAGGGCAAGUUCUCAAUAACAGCCACCUUUGGACCUUUAUGAUUCCCCUGCCCUCCCCAUCUCUGACUGGCUUGGUAUUCGGAGCUUCUGUUAACAUUUUAGAGACUCCUAGGACGUGUGGUCUUGGCAUUAUAGCAUUUGAAGAAAGGCCAGUGAUCCAGCAAAGGGGAGAAAAAGACAGACAUUACACCCCAGAUGACCGUAGGAAUCCACAUCGGAAUGAUACAGAGUUAGCAGCUCUUUCUAAGGAAAUGCUGUUCAAAUGCCUCCUAACUUUUAUAGUUACUUUGUUUUAUAUUUCUGAAUUCUUGUAUCAGAUCCAAAGCUCUAUUGUACAGCAAACUACUCUUCAAAAUGAUUACAAGAAGUUGCAACCUGUAUUUCUUUUUGUAGCCAGCACAAUGUAACCCAACUUAGAAUUUGGGGGAAAAAGAAUGCAGGCGUGGAAUAACCAAGUCAGAACUAUGCAUCGUCAUUGUGGCGGCCAGGAUUGCUAAGGAGAGCCCACAAAUAGAAGAUGACUCUUCCCCUAAUUCUCUAAACACAUAAACAAGUUCCAGAAAGUAAAGAACUCUCCUGUAUGGUCUUUUCCUUAUUCAUUUAGGUAAUAUGAACAUUAAGUGUAACGUGAAUUAUGUUCUCAAUGCCUCUUAAUCAAACCACUCGGAUUCAAAGGGGAAUGGGAAUCAUUCUAGACAAAAAAAAAAUGCUUGUACUUCCACCUUUUUGAAGCAUCCCUCCAAUAAGUAAAUGCCACUUAUUCACAUUCCCCUCCUUACGGAAUUUUUUCUUUUUCUUUUUUUUUUCUUUUUUCGUCACCAAAGGAACUGCAUUUGAUGAGUGCUGGAAACUUCUUAAGUAUUUAAAAUUUGUUUUCAUUGUUUGCAGCAGAUCACUGGACAUCAAAGAUUCAUUGCACUUAUGAACAAGGAACCUUCUUUUCAAUUUCUGUGUAAUUUGCAAGGCUGUACAAUGUGUGCUGAUGCAAGCCUUUUUCAGUUCAAAAGAAUAAAUGUUUACAAAUAUA